AUGCAGAAAAAUACUGAAAAUAUUAUAGGCCACUUGCUUGGAGGUUUAAAUUGUUAUCUAAGAAGAUGUAUGUUUGCCAUUUUAUCUGUGGGUCCUGUGCCAAGUCAUAUUGCUUUCAUCAUGGAUGGAAAUCGAAGGUAUGCAAAAAAGAAAAACAUGGAAGAAGGUGAUGGCCACAAGGCUGGGUUUAAUGUUCUCACGUCCAUCCUUAGAUACUGCUAUGAAUUGGGAGUGAAGUAUGUAACUGUCUAUGCAUUCAGCAUUGAUAACUUUAAGAGGAAGCCUAAAGAAGUUCAGUCCUUGAUGGAAUUGAUGCGGAACAAGAUUGAGGAGUUGCUUGAACAAGAAAGUCUUAUUAAUGAAUAUGGUGUCAGAUUAUAUUUCAUUGGGGACAUGCAACUAUUGAGUGAGCCUGUCAGGGCUGCUGUGGAAAAGGCAAUGAGAGUUACUGCCCACAACAACCAAAGAGUUCUUUUGAUUUGUGUAGCAUAUACUUCUCGUCACGAGAUUGUGCAUGCUGUUCAAGAAUGCUGCAAGGAAAAAUUGAAUGAAAUUCAAGCAUUAAAAGAAGUGAAAGUUAAAAAUGGUGCAUUUGUAAGAAUAGAUCAAGGCCGGGGAGGAAAUGAUUUUGGUUUGCUUUCUCGAGAUUCAUGUAAAGACCAUCUAAAUGGAAUCAAAGCUUGUAGUAGUGAAGUGGAAAGUGCUGUAAAGAAAGAUGGUUUGUUUGAAAAUAAUGUUGAAAAUCAUGCCAGCAGCUACAGUAAAGCUGAAAUCACAUCAAACAAUGGGCUGGUUGAAAUGACUGAAGAGAGAAAGCAUAAACAGGAUGAGUUUCCUUUUAUAAAACUGGUGGAUGUUGAGAAGAAUAUGUACAUGGCAGUUGCACCUGACCCAGAUAUCUUGAUACGAACAUCUGGAGAGGCUCGCCUCAGUAAUUUUCUUCUUUGGCAGACUAGUACAUGCCCUUUAUAUGCACCAUCUGCACUUUGGCCUGAGAUUGGUCUAAGACACUUGAUCUGGGCAGUGUUGAACUUUCAGAGACACCAUUUUUAUUUGGAAAAGAAAAAGAAACAGUUUUAA